CAUAAGUCGAGGCCUCCAAAACGAAGAAACCACGCGGAACAGCUCGUCUCUCCCCGAAUCCUAUCGCUGCUUUCCUACUUCCUCCGACGCACAGGUUAGAAGGGGAAACAGUUGCAGGGUCUACGUGCUACCCCGGCGCGGCGGCAGAGCGAAGCACGGCCAUCUCUCUUGAAGUAGACAGCGUAUGGACGGCAUGGGCGUUGGGGAUGUUUGCGAGAAGGGAUCUCCAGGCUUGGCAUCGUCAAGCACAACACCCUCUGAACCAAAGGAAGAUGGCCAUGUAAUACUGAUUCCCCAUUCCCACAUCUUCGCCCUCAUGCUGCAAGCUCUGAAGUUGCCGCCUGCGAAUUACCAUCAUAAGACAUAUCCGGAAGACAGUGCUGCUAUCGCAGCCAUUAGGUUUAUGGAGAAUGCAUGUGGCAAGGAAAUCAGGGACUAUCACUACACCCACGUAGAAAGGCUGGAAAAUCAAGUCACACUCCUGGAGCGGUACCUGGAUGAAGCAAAAAAGAGAAUCAAGAAGGUACGCAAAGGAUGGUUCUAUGCUGUCAGAUACAUGAGCUCGUAUUCUACUCAGAUACAAAAUACGACAGCUGCUCGUCGCCUAAGAGGGCAGGACAGCACCAAAGGGGCGAUGAAAACAGCACUCGCAAGCACAAGAAAGUUGGCAAAAAGACUACGUUGUAUUGGCCUGAAAUCGGAGCAGUGCCUAGAGACUACAGAUAGUAUCUGGUGAGCUCUGUUCGGCACAUCGUACCCAGUAUGUUUAUGAACCAUUGCCUUUGUAAUGGAAAGUACCACCUGGUAUCAUGUAGCUCUUCUCACUUUGUUUUGAGCAAGGCACAGAGAUUAUGCUUCUAUGAACUAGCUUGUUGGCAGACUGCCCUUCCUUACUAUAAAUUAUGCUUCUAUGAACCAGCUUGGUAUCAGACUACCGUCCCAUGUUGUAAAUUAUGUAUUAUGUAUUAUGAACGAGCUAAAGCAAUGGUCGUGGUAAUUUUUCUCUCA